CACAUGUCAAUAAAAAUGUUUUGCAGGACAUUACAUACUAAAUGCAGAGAUUCAACAAAGCCAUAUUUGAGAAGUAAAGUUUAUCGAAUUCCUGUCAAAGACGAUCAAGUGCAUUGGGACUCUGAUUUUGGAGAAUGCAGUUAUUCACCAAAAGAUUAUACAGCAAAAACUAUUUAUGGAAAAACUUGGGCAGACCACGAAGAUCCGUGUAUUUACACUUUUAAUCGUGUGGAUGAUGAUGGAAUAAAUAGGCUGUCAUUUAAUGGUUCAUAUUCUCUUGAUUCAACUGGACGUCCUCUUAAUCCAUUUGGAAGGACAGGUUUACGUGGUCGUGGUGUUCUCGGAAAAUGGGGUCCAAAUCAUGCAGCUGAUGCUAUUGUUUCGAGAUAUAUUAUUGGGGAAGAUGCAAGGAAAAUACUUCAAUUUGUAGCAAUUGUGAGAAAUGAUACUGAAGAUUUGGCAAUACCUGGUGGAAUGAUAGAUCCUGGUGAAGAUGCUCAAGAAGCGGCAAUUCGAGAAUUUCAUGAAGAAGCUCUUUCAAAUAAUGUUUUAGACGAGAAAUUGUCUUCUAUUUGGAAGAAUGGAAAAACUGUUUAUCAGGGAUAUGUUGACGAUCCGAGAAAUACAGACAAUUCUUGGAUGGAAACAAGUUGCUUUAAUUUUCAUGAUACAACGGGGAAUCUCUUUAAAGAUUUGAAUCUAAAGGCGGGUUCUGAUGCCAAAUUUGCGAAAUGGAUAACAGUCGAAAAUGGACUUAAACUUUAUGCCUCACAUACUUAUUUAGUCGAUAACCUGCCUUAUAAUACAAGCGUUCAUGAACUUCGUCGAUUGUUUGACCGUUAUGGAGAUAUUGGCGAUGUCUAUAUUCCUCGUGAUCGUUACAAUAAUCAAAGUCGCGGUUUUGGAUUUGUCCGUUUCUAUUCGAGGAAAGAUGCUGAUUAUGCUUGUUCUCGCGCAGAUGGAAAACAAAUGAAUGGUCGAGAAUUGCGCGUAUCUAUUGCCAAAUAUCGACGUCCGCUUGAUGAAGGUCGCGAUCGAGACAGACGCCGUCGUUCGCGUUCCCGUUCACGUCGCCGUUCGCGUACUCGUUCUCCACCACGCCGUUCUCGUUCCCGUGAUGAUCGAUCUCGAUCGCGCUCACCCCGUGGCCGUUCAAGGUCCAGAUCUGAUCGCCGAGGAGACGAGAGCCGUUCCCGUUCUCCACAUGGGCAUUCACGAUCAAGAAGUCCUUCACGCAGUCGAAGCUUAUCUCGUUCACCACGUGAUUAAAAAUUGGAGAAGGAAUGUUUGAUUUAAUGGAAUAAUGAAUGUUGAUUGUGAGGAAUUU